AGUCCUUCUUCCGGUGAUGUGGGAAGUGGACGGAGAGACAUGGCAGCCUACAGCGGGGGACACGGCGGUGGAGAGAUGAGACAGUCUGAGGGAACCGCGGCUGAAACUGAUCUCCUGCUUCACCCCGAGCUUCUGUCCGAGGACUUUAUUAAACUCGUGCUGAAUGAGAGGAAGAUCUGUACAGAAGAUAAUGAAGACCGUGAUCAGCUGACAGAUUUGUAUAUCCAGCAUGUUAUUCCUCUACCUCAGCGUGAACUCCCCAAUAGUAGGUGGGGAAAGAGAAUGGAGAAGACAAAAGCACGCCAGAGCUCGACUAGUGGACACGGCUCAAGCACAGAUAGUGGCAGGAAAAGGCCACUGAUUGUGUUUGACAGAAGCUCCUCCAGCACUGGCAGUGUUAAAUUGAAGAAGCCUGAUGAUUUUUCAUCAUCAGCAGUUGCAGAACGCUUAAAGCCCCCACCUUCCACUAUCAACCUCACCAACCCCAUACGCAAACUUUUAGGGUCCUCAACAAACUGUUCUCCAUCCUCAUCCACUGUGUCUUCCACCCAAACUCCAGCAUCAGCUUCAGGUGCUACCAAGAGUCCUACAGGCAAUGGCAGCCUAAGCUCCUCAGGACACUCCAGCAACACAAACACAAAGCUGAAGCGUGGACCACCAAACGAUGGAGUGCCUGGAAGCCCUGAGCUCAAGUCACCUGAGGUAAAAAAGAAGAUUCAACACGUCACAUGGCCUUGACCUCAGAUGCAUCUUUACAAGCUCAAAGUGGGAAGGACUGCCAAUACCUUUUUGAGGGUCUGAGUUUGCUGAGUGUCUCAGCUGUGUGCCCCAUGUCAAAAGAAGCCACAAAAAGGGGUUGAUGAGCUUCUGCAUUGGAAUCAGGAUGUGAGCUGUUACACAGCGGCAGUAAAGCAGCAGUGAUGUGAGGUCCUCCCGUACACUUGCCAAAAGAAGGGUACUAGAAAAGACCUUUCUCUUGAACAUGAAUACCGUAGGCCUGUAGCUCUGAGGAUCACUGAGUCUGGCUAUGUUUGGAAACACUGUUAAAAUGUCAUUUUUACCUGAAUAAAGAAUGAUGUGUAUUUACUACA